AUGACCCCACGCUACGAGCUCCCUCGGGAACUGUCUUUCUGCCCUUACUGCGCCAAUAUCCUAGCCAUCGCUAAAAUCGACACUGAGAUAAAGUUCAUUUGCCGUACAUGCCCCUACACAUGCAGCAUUGGGGACAUUGCACUUCCAGUGCCCGACUCAGAUGACGACAACAAUGAGGUCGAUGGCAACAAGGACAACGGCAAUAAGGACAACGGCAAUAAGGACAAUGGCAACAAGGUCGACGGCAACAAGGUCGACGGCAACAAGGUCGACGGCAACAAGGUCGACGGCAACAAGGUCGACGGCAACAAGGUCGACGGCAACAAGGUCGACGGCAACAAGGUCGACGGCAACAAGGUCGACGGCAACAAGGUCGACGGCAACAAGGUCGACGGCAACAAGGUCGACGGCAACAAGGUCGACGGCAACAAGGUCGACGGCAACAAGGUCGACGGCAACAAGGUCGACGGCAACAAGGUCGACGGCAACAAGGACAACGGCAAUAAGGACAAUGGCAACAAGGUCGAUGGCAACAAGGUCGACGGCAACAAGGUCGAUGAUACCAAUGUCUCUAGCUAA